UCAUGGCCCUGGGUUGGGUGAGGUUGUGUCUUUUAGCGGGUUUAAGUAGAGUUUUGAAUAGAACACAGGCCUCUGCAGUGUCCAAACAAUGUAUGAUGGAUACCGAUACUUUCCUUUGGGAAAUAAACCAGGACAGGCCCAAAGAAUAUGCAGUUCUCAUGUAUGAUGCUUUUGGAAAGAUAGGUAGUAAUGUUGGCGGAGGUUCUGCUAACCAGCCCGGCCUACUGCAGCAGUGUCGCUCUGCCCGGAGUCCUACCUUCACUGGACAGUACUGUCAAGUGUUCCUCAUGCAGGGAACAAUCCAGUAUUUUGUUGGUAUCUGUGUUCCUGAUUCUUGUGAUGAAGAGGACGUACAAACGUUGGUACUGUACGAUACAUUCAAGUAUGGCCACCUGUCACUCAUUCCUCCUUUGCCUGCUAUUUUGGUCAACGAGUCUACCCAGGAUAUGAUCAUGACACAUUGUUUGUCAAAGACCGUUAACCCUGAUGCAGCAGAUAUCACGUGCCUGUUUAUGUGUUGCAUAAUGAUAGCGAUUCCCCUCGCAGCAACCCUGUUCAUCGCUACAAUUAGAUGGCAACGGAACAGAGCCGUCAUGCCAAGUGUAGAGUCCACCUGUUUAAACACCGGCCUCAAUCUGUACGGGACCCUGAAGACUAAAAGUUCUACUGGUGAAGAAAUGAAUGGUCGUGAAAUUGAGGAAACUAACGCCGUCCGCCGUGGAUCUUUGUGUUUUCCUCAGAGCUGUGUCUACCAGUGUCUCCAGGCCUUCUCCCUUCAGACGACCGGUCGGGGUAUCUUCAGCACAUCCUCCACUAGGGUCCCUGAAGGAGACUACUCGUCCUUGAAUGGCAUCCGCGUCCUUAGCCUGUUAUGGAUCAUGUGCGGCCAUUCUGCACAGUUCCCUGUGAUAAACAACUUAGAUAACUACAAAGACUGGAAAAAAACAGUCGAAAGAAGCCCUCUGUAUGUGUUUUCCCUCAGCGGACCAGUUUUUCUGGCUGUAGACACCUUCCUUCUGCUGGGGGGUCUACUUAGCGCCAGGUCCCUACUGGUCUCCAUACAAAGAGCUGAAGAUAAACUGAGUACAAGACUGGUGAUGGGCUACCUGUUCAUGAGGUUUAAAAGGAUCCAGCCACUGCAUCUCUUCAUUAUGUGUCUCACCGUUGGACUUAUAUCUGUGAUCCACUGGGGUCCUUACUGGUUUCCAUUCAUUGACAACUUGAUGGAUUGUAAAACAUACUGGUGGGGGAACUUGCUGCUGAUUAGCAAUCUACUGCCAGUCCAUGAGAUAUGUGUUCCUUGGACGUGGUACCUCUCUCUGGACUUCCAGUGUUAUGCCACCACUCCUCUACUGGUAUAUUUCUACAGAAUGAACAGAUGUGUCUUUGCAGUCGUGGCCGGAGGCCUGCUGUUGAUGACCACGUUGGCUAGCUCUGUUGUAACUGGACUCCUGCGGCUGCCCGUCUUCCAGCCUUCUACACUGACAUCAGAGAAUUAUGUAUUGUAUUAUUAUGUGAAGCCUCACACAAGAUAUGGACCAUUUUUAAUAGGAAUCCUCACUGGAAUAUACUUGACCACUAAAAAAGGCCAACUCUUAAAGCACAAGUGGCAGGCGGUGCUUGGUUGGUUGUGCUGUCUGUCAGUCUUGGCGGUACUGAUAGGAUUGGCCUACGUCCUCAGGGGUAACCCGACGCACCCCUCUGUGCCACAUGCGCUCUACCAGGGACUGCACAGACCAGUCUGGGCUCUGGCUGUCACCUGGAUCAUCCUGGCCUGUGAGGAGGGCUAUGGAGGUUUUAUCCGUAGUAUGUUAUCGUUUGGUCUCUGGGUUCCUCUCGCCAACAUCAGUUUUGCCUGCUACCUGAUACAUCCCGUUUUCAUCCUCCUCUACAUCGGGCUACAAGAGACGCCCAUCCACUACUCAGAUAUCAACUUUAUGUACCUGUUCCUGGGACACCUGCUGCUCACAGUAGCGACAAGCUUUGUCUUAACCGUGCUGAUUGAGAAGCCCUACGUCCUCCUGAAAUGGAAUCGUAAAUAG